ACGGCUUUUUUUUUUCGGGAAUUGUAAGUGGGAGGGCGCCACGAUGAUGCCGGUAUUGUGACAGACCUCCAACGUCUGAGAAAGACUUUAAAGCCGUGAAGGGGACAUUGGGCACUACACGGUGUCAUCACGGCAGAUAAGUCAUCUUACUAGGGAAUGGCCGCAUCGGACAGGGUCAUGUUGGGGCCUUUGGUUGGCGCAAUUGACCAGGGAACCAGUUCCACAAGGUUCUUGGUUUUCAAUGCUAAAACCGCAGAAUUACUGAGCCACCAUCAAGUAGAAAUAAAGCAGAAGUUUCCUAAAGAAGGAUGGGUUGAACAAGAUCCAAAGGAGAUUUUGCAGUCCGUUUAUGAGUGCAUGGAAAAGACCUGUGAGAAGCUUUCCCAGCUUGGCAUUGAUAUUGCUAAUAUUAAGGCUGUUGGAGUCAGCAAUCAAAGAGAAACAACAGUUGUCUGGGACAAAAUGACUGGUGAUCCUCUUUAUAAUGCAAUUGUAUGGCUUGACCUCAGAACACAGUCCACAGUAGAGAGGCUCAUAAACAGAACUCCUGGUAAAAAUAAGAACCAUCUUAAGCAUAGGACAGGCCUUCCCAUCAGUACCUAUUUUAGUGCUGUAAAAUUGAGAUGGCUGAUGGACAAUGUGGAAGAAGUAAGAAGAGCUAUUUCCAGCGGUCGUGCAAUGUUUGGAACAAUUGAUUCCUGGCUUAUAUGGAGCUUAACUGGUGGAAAGAAUGGGGGUGUUCACUGUACAGAUGUGACCAAUGCCAGUAGGACCAUGCUCUUUAACAUUAAUACAUUGGACUGGGACCCUGAACUCUGCCAGUUCUUUGACAUUCCGAUGAAGAUUCUUCCCAAAGUAAGGAGUUCAUCAGAAAUUUAUGGUUUAAUGAAAAUUUGCUCUAGUCUGAAAUCGGGAUCCCUAACUGGAGUGCCUAUUUCUGGGUGUUUGGGAGACCAAUCUGCUGCUCUAGUUGGACAGAUGUGCUUUCAAGAUGGACUGGCCAAAAAUACAUAUGGAACUGGCUGUUUCCUGCUUUAUAAUACUGGCCAAAAGCCAGUUAUGUCUGAGCACGGUCUUCUGACAACUGUAGCAUAUAAACUUGGCAGAGACAAACCUGCUUUCUAUGCUUUAGAGGGAUCAGUUGCGAUAGCGGGUGCAGUAGUAUGUUGGUUGAAAGACAAUCUGGGUAUUAUACAGUCUGCAGGAGAUGUUGAAAAGUUAGCAGCAUUAGUAGGCACUUCAUAUGGCUGUUAUUUUGUGCCAGCUUUCUCUGGCUUGUAUGCUCCUUACUGGGAACCAAGUGCCAGAGGAAUCAUCUGUGGCCUAACUCAGUUUACAAAUCGAAGCCACCUAGCCUUUGCAGCUUUGGAAGCAGUCUGCUUUCAGACACGGGAGAUUUUAGAUGCCAUGAACAGAGACAGUGGAAUCCCACUUGCUCAGCUUCAGGUGGAUGGAGGGAUGACCAGCAAUAAACUGUUGAUGCAGCUUCAGGCUGACAUUCUGUGCAUCCCAGUAGUGAAACCAUCUAUGCCAGAGACUACUGCUCUUGGAGCGGCUAUGGCAGCUGGAGCAGCUGAGGGUGUGAGAGUUUGGAGCCUGGACCCAAAGGAUUUAACUGCUGUAACAUGUGAAAGAUUUGAGCCUCAGAUCAAUCCUGAAGAGAGUGAACUUCGGUAUGCUCGUUGGAAAAAGGCCGUGCUAAAGGCAAUGGACUGGGAGACCAGUGAGCCCUUGUCUAAUGGCAAUGGUGAAACUAGUAUCUUCAGUAGUCUUCCUUUGGGUUUUUAUAUACUGGGUAGUAUAUUAAUGUUAAUUGGAGCAAAGUGCAUAUCAGGCUUUCAUAAAUAAGUGUUAAUGACACAUUGUUUGUAUACAGCCCGUCAUCAGACCCACAAAGACCUACCUUCCCUUCAGCACACGAUGGAGCCUUUUGACAGAUAAAUCCAUUCCAUGUUUACGGAUCACCAGUGCUACUUUACAGACUUGAGCAAUGUCUGCCUUGAGCACACAGUACUAGGCCAAGAAUCAUAUGACAGAGAUAAGAAAUGAGACAAAUAUACUGGAUGAGCACAUGUGAGAGCUCGACUGCUGGAGUUCAGAAUUAGACACGAUUAACAAGAAUCCAGACUGUGAAUUGAACACAGAAUGAAAUAACACACCUACAUAUGCAAAAAAAAUAUAUAUAUAUAUAUCAUGUACUGCCACUUGUUAUUUCGUGAAUCACUUUGUAUUAGGUUUUCCAGCCUUUAAUAAUUUUAAUAUGUAAUUUAAUGAACUGUGUCAUAUAUGGCUACAGUGUAAAAAAAAAUAUACCCCCAGGUCCUUUUAUUAUCAUGAAAGAUCACAUUAUUGAAUCUGUUUCACUUUCUGGAAAACUGGUUUUGUUGUAAUUAUGAUUUAUGAUUUCUUAUAAACAAGUGCAAAGCUCAGAUCUUUAAAAUAAUUUAAAUAUUUAUUGAUAAUUAUUUUUUCUAAAUUAAUUUUGUUUGAUUUAGUCCAUUGAUUUUUUUUAAACUUAUUUAAUUUUUUUUUUUUAUUAAAUGUAUUGUUGACUUUUUUAAUUAAGUAAUAUUCUCAAUGUUUGGACUUUGUGAAAAGUGAUACAUACAAUGAACUUUGAUUAACACAGAAAAUGAAUUGUAUUUCAGAUUAUCGCAAGCUUUCUAAGUAUUUUUAAAACUUCAACAUGAUGGACUUCAUUCUUCAUUUACAGUGCACAGUAUAUUUAUUUUCAAAGGCCAACCACUGAGUGUGCUAAAUGAACGACUAAUCUGUGGCUGAGCAAGACUCUCCACAGCUGCUUGUAAGAAACUUGUGAAGGUCAGUCCUGAGAAAAGCAAAAUGUGUUUUCGUAGGCUGUGUGUUGCCACACAAUGAUCUCAAGGGAUACGGUGAAAGAUGAGGUUAAUAAAGGAAACUACAGUUGGUGGAUGGAGCAUUGAAAGAAAUAAUAAAUAAUGUCUUCUGAUAUAUUUGUGAAAUAUGUUUUUGAUUCUGUUUAUGCAAUUGUGUUGUUCAGUUCAGAUAUGUGCUACUUUCUGGCUUGGGUUUAGGAUGAUAACUCUGUGAAAUUUGUAUUGGGUAGUCCCUUUCUGCUUCAUGCAUCAGCUACUGAACAGUUAGACAACAACACAAACCUAGCAGGAGGCACAUGUGUACAACACACAUGUAUGUUAGUUUUACUAUGCAGUUCAAACUGUAGACACUAUAUUGUAUUUCAGAUCUGGGGUUUCCCAAAAACACUACCACCUGCUUUACAUAACAUUCUUAAAACCACAUAAUCUGGUAUUGCAGGGGACCAAAGCAGGACAGGGCCCGGCCAUGGUGCAUGACUAUUCACACACAUACAUAAGUGCAGAAUAACCUGAUAGGGGAGCGACACUGCAACACCAGGGAAAAAAAAACUGACCUAGAUAGACACAGGGAGAGAACAUGCUAACUGCACAUGGGGAACAACCAGGAGGAGGACGUGUACAUUUUGUCAUUAUGUUGUCUUCAUAUUAAAUGGUUCUUUUUCCCAUGAUAACAUGUCCACAUUUUUAAUACUCCAUUGAUAAUAUUAUUGACAUAAAAUUACUUCAUAGAAACCUUCAUCCAGUUUUUACAGUGAAGCUGACAAAAGUUCACUAAUAAGGUCUUCCUAACUCAGCCACAUUCAAAGUGGAGACAAUUCUGUUUCAGUGUGCUUUGAUUUGCAUCUUCUUUGACAGUCACUUCCAGUCUGUGCACUUGGAUAGCUAACUUCAUCAAUGUCUUGCAUGUUAGAAAAGAGUUUAGUUUUUGGUGCCUUUUGCAUCUCCAACUUGUCUGAUGGUUUGAAACAGCAAUGGCUACAGGCAGUGAAUAAAUUGUGCCGAGUUACAGUGCAAGUGUUCCUGGUUUAAUAGUUCUUUUUUUUUAUAUACCAAUAAGAGCUAAUGAGUCAUUUUCUUGUCAUGUUAAUAUUAUCUUCCAGGGAAAUGCUACUUCUUCGUCAUUUACUAUCAGUUAGUUGUGCUAAGGAGAAAUGAGUUUGGCUCUAGGAAUGGAAGUUUGGGUUUUGAUGUUGCUAACUGUCCAAACUAAGCCAUCGUGUGUGUAGUUCCCCCUGGUUGAGACUCUGUAAAUGUGACAGUCAGGGUUAUCUUAAUGUAUGGGCACAAUGGUCACUUGCCGGGGGCCUUAGGAGCAUAGGGGUCCACAAUGUUUCUGUUUUGCUAUCAAAACAGAGGCCCCGGCGCACUAUUUUGCCCGGGGCCUAUGAUGCUGUUAAGAGGGCCGUGGUGACAAUACUACUACUACUACUAACUACGGUUACAAGACCUCUCCUGCCUCACUUGUAUUUCAAGAGAAUCCACUUCUGAAGCCAAACAUGUUCUGCUAUUCAUUUUUAGGAGGUCUGUCAAGUCUUGUCACUAGGCUGUUGUUACAAUACAAUGAUCUGUUUGCAAGAUCUUUAUCUUGGACACUCCGGAGUCCUGAGGCCACCAUACCUCUACCUCAUAAGCUGAACAUUCUCAAGGGGUCUGAGGCCAGCCUUUGUAAGUCUGAAUGUGUUACUUCAGGACCGGCACCACGAAACUUUCAGUGUCUGCCUCAUAAUUUUGUCAUUACAAUCAGGAGACAGUCACACCACUGGCAUGAAUAGUUGGACAGUGCCACCCAGUGCAAAUACCUUCCAGCUCAUUCAUUUUCUAACUAGUUAGCUUAUAACAGAAGAGCUGUCGAUGAAGAAAACAUCUGUUACCACACUUUCAAAAUGCUAAACUCAUACUUUUCUGUCUCGGUAGUUUGGACCUGAACAGCAGACUAGUAAAUGUGGAGAGAAUGACCAGAGCAGAAAGUGCUUUUGGUUUUAUUUGUGGUAAGCUUUGUCUCCCUGUGUUAGCUGAAGCAAGUUCAGAAAGUGAAAGAAUAGAUAAAUCAUGGCACUAUCUACUGAUUUCCACACUCCAUGCCUUCAAGAAUUGAGCUUCGGAAAUAAAUAUCUAUAUGGCUUCCCUCUGUGGUCGGCAUAUGUCACAGUGCUUUACAAAUCAUUUCUACAGUGGGCACACUAGCUGGCAAAGUGAUGUGAGGCAGAAACUGAACUGGCUGUUUUGUGGGUAAAGUCUGCUAGGACAUCCAAACUGUGGAGAAAAGUGUAAGGUAAGUUUUAAAAAAUGGAAACAAUAUCAUCAAUAAAAUCAUUGUAAUUUUUAGCUUGUGAUUUACAGACUAGAUUCCUAAAUUAAUUUGGCUUUUGUAUGCUGCAUAAGAAAAAUAAUCUCAUACGUGACAUCAACUAAUUGAGCGAUGUAGUCAAAAGGACUUGCUGACUACAUUUCUGUAAAGUACGGAGAUGCUUCCUUUACUUGGUCUAAAGCAUUCCAGAUAUACUGUAUUUUGGGCGGUCAAUGAGAGUUAUGGGCAAAUCAAAAGAAAAUAUGUAACAGGCCAAAGUGGAAGAGUUAAUUCCUUGGACACAGCAAGUUACGCCUGCCACCAUUUUGCUGCGCCGGUGUGCACUGGCGUACAUCUGACAGAGUGACAGUGAGGAGACUCUCUCUGGUCUCCUAUGAAUUAGCAGGUGUGCAUGCCAAAUAUGAUUACAGUAUUCAGUUUUGCCAUUCUUACUUUUAUUAUAAAAAGUGAUUUUACAUUUGGAUGUUGUAUAAUUUCAUCUAAUGAUUAAAGGGCCUGCUGCUGUGUAAUCUUGUGUUAUCAUUUGUGCACUAAAGAAAAUGCAAAACAUUGUUACUUUGGUUAAAACUUGAAAACAGAUGUUAAAAAAAAAAAAACUUAGUGUCUUGGAAGGAGAUUCGUGUUUUGAAUAAGAAAUUAAAAAUGUUCUGCAGCUUUAUACCUUGAGAAAAGUUUUAACAUUCAUUUUGGAAGUUUGUCUGGAGAUGACCUGUGUAUCCCUGUUUAUGUGGUGGUCCUGAUAAUGUGAUCACUGCAGUGAUGUGAGGAAGAUUAAUAAAAUAUGACAGUAUUUUCAGCAGAUUUGUAAUUUAAACUUCAACAAUAUGAAGUUGUAAACAAAUAAAAUUGGUGACAAACACUUUA